AUGCGAAACGCUAUCGGUUCCCUGGGUCCCUCCAGCUACUUACGUUUUGUCACCACCCGCCCAGCCUACUCCCAAGUUCACCCUUACUCCCCCAUCCCCCAACAGUGUAAUAAACUCGUCCUGGACUGGUCGAGCGUGAACGUAGACGGCUUCCCGUUCUGCCGACUGCCUCUGCCACAGCUGGACAGACGACAGUGUGGCGAUACACGUGAGGCAGAGCUGCUCUUCGUGUCCGACUCGUCCAGAAUGGUGUGGGAAAACAACAUCACACCUCACGACCUCAGUGUGGACUGGCUCAACGACCAACUCUACGUGCUGGGACUCGCCGAUGGCAGUGCCCUCUGGCAGGUCAUUCGAUGUGGGCUCGAUGGUUCGGGUAUCACGGUGGCAGUGGCUGGUUUUGUCACCAAGCCCCACCACAUGGAGGUCGACCCUUACAACGGGUAUUUAUUCUGGGUGAUCCAAGGCCCUGUGGGUGGAGGUCUGUACCGUCUGGAUCUGGCAGACAUCAGUAAUGGAGUGAAGCACGAAGUUAUACCAGACCAAAUCCUGUCCAGCCCCCAUUUAGGAGCAUUCACUGUCGACCAUACCAGCUUCCGCAUCCUCGUGCCCAACCAGCUGGAGAACACAGUUGUUGCAGUUUCCCUUGAUGGACACGAGGUGACAGACAUCCGCAGUAACACGCAGCAGCCGCAGUUCCACAAUGUGAUCUCUCUGGCGAUGGCUAACGGGCUGUUCUAUCAACUGGACCAACGGAGAACGUAUUGUACUGACCGAGGAGUACCAUGCGGUCAAGACAGCUACUUCCACAACCUCGUGUACACUGACGCUGCCAAGCCCUCGUUUGUCAGCAUCAGCGUCAACUUGCCGUCCUCUCAGCCUGUACCUGUGCCGGUCAAUCCUCCCACUGCAGUGCAGGCUGUGCUGGGCUCUCACACUGCCAAGACGUCCUGGACACAGCCCCAUCUACUCGGAGGCCAAGGCAAGGGAGCCUGGCAGGGCUGGUGGUACCAGCUGAGUGUACGGGACGUGGAGGCUGACACUGUGGAGGAGUGGGGGGAGAUCAACGCAACGUACUACACAGUGUCGGACCUGCGGCCCGGGAGAGAGUACGUGGUGCGAGCUGCCGCCUACACCACCGCAGGAAUGGGACCCUGGAGCUCGGAGUUCCGUGGCAAGACUCUGCGCCACUCUACGGGUGUUCCCCCCACCAUUCUCUGGUCAGCUGCGGAAGGUCUGCUACAAUCGGACGUUACUGGCGAGAGAGUUGAGACGCUUAUACACAGAGAUAACCUGAAGGACAGGAUUGGCUACCACCACAUCACAGACAUUGCCUGGUACAGAGAUCAGUUGUACCUAGUGAGCAAUACGAGUCACGUUACUGUGGUACAACCUGACAAGUCACGCACGCGGCCGUCUGCGUGAUCUUGAGU